GAAUUCGGAUUUAAAAUUUCGAUUAUCUAAUUAGAGUCUAUAGAAAGGAUCUUCGUCUAGAACUAGAGAAUCUAGAUCUAGAUCAAGCUAAAUAUGACUAUUGCCCAAAUAAAAAUGCUGCUUGCAAUGGAGAUCUAGAUCUAUAUAGUUUGUUGUUUUCAGUUUGCUAAUUAUUCAGAUGAAAUCAAAAGUCAUAGCCUAAGAUGACAGAGACUCCACAAAAUUCUUCCACUGUCCCAAGCAAGAUACUUCAUGUGUACACCCCAUUCUCUGCUCGGCGGCGCACUCCGGGAACAGCACCUUAUUCACAGAGGCAGAAGAAUAGGAAAUUGACAGCUCCUUCAAAUGAAAGUUUUGAAUCUGUGGAGAUCUUUGACUAUUCAGGAUUGCUGAAAAAGACAUGGAGACUCUACAGCCUGUCACCUUUGUACAACUUUAAAGUUAAUGCCCAAUCUUUUAAAAAGUAUGCUAGAUCUUUAGAUGCUUCAUUGACAGAGGACAAAUGUAGCUUUGCAAGUUCUAAUGGAGGCUCAGAAAGAAGCUCAUUCACUGUCUACAAAGGACUGAAAUUUAAUGCAGAUGACCCAGAAGCAGUACAGAUCCAAGUGACAGAGAAAAGAAAUGGUGGAGGGUCAACCAUUGUACUGAAUGCACUGAUGUUUUGUGUUGACAUUGGUGACCACCCGGUGCCUGCGGCUCAUAAAGCCCACUUCACAUAUUAUCCGGUCAUCAUGAUCACAGGAAACAAACUGCGUUCUAAUGUUGUACUGAACUGGCUGGAGCGCCAUUUCGAUUGUCAUACCAGUCCAUUGACAUUCUCCAAUAAUGACCUGAGGUGGAUUUUGGCGUGCUGCUCCACUCGAGAUGCUGGCCAUAAAGCAGCGCCAGUUCUGCUGCAGUAUUCCUUACAGAAUGUAUGUGAAGGUAUCAAAACUAUUGACUGCAGGUUUGAGUCUACAUUUUGUAGAGAGCUCUGGCAGAGGAUACAGAACACAUCACUGAGUUCACUGACAACUCUUAAAGAAGACGAUGUGGAAACAUUUGUUGGAGCCUUAGAGAGUCACCUGGAAUACACCAUGCACAUUGUGUUUAGUAAGCUGACUCUCUCAGAAGUGGGGACUCCAAUAGCUUAUGUAUCUAGUCAAGGCAAAAUCAAGCUCUUCCAAUCAGAAGAUAUUUAUUUGCCUUUACAUCUGGUCAGCUCCAUUGCUAAUGAUAAGUUGACCCAGUUUAGUUUGACACAGACAAAGCCAGUCCUCAACACAUCAGGAUGAUAUUGUGGGACAUGUCAGUAGCAUCUAAUAUUGUAUGGAUAGUCUACCUUUGUUGGCCUAUGUAGUCAUGGAAGUUGUCAAACAUUUGAACUGAAUGGAAUUUCCUUUUUAAAAACAAAAUGGGAAGUGUACCUCUCAGAAUAGUAUGAAUAUUUCCAACAGGAAGAUAAAUACUAUAAUGUAGGUUUGGAUGUGAUUUUAUUUCUAGAUAAUCUUAAUGCCUAUAAAGUGUUUAGAAUGGAAUAGAAACUAGAAACAGACUUUCAAAUUAUUUUCAUUCAGCUAGAAACUGUGUCUUGGUACUUUGUUGUUGUUACUUCUAUCAGACACUAUCUGCAAAGAUUAUCUGCCACUUUUACACUAUCACUAGAUAGACCUUUGUUGUCACAAUACUUAACAUUUUAGUGACGCAAGCAAAACUUUUCUAAGAUUUCCUUGUUAUCCUAUGGGCCAUGGUAUUCUGUUGGCCAUGGUAUCAUAUGAUAGGCCGUUAAGACUUAUUUCUUUUUAAAACAAAGCAAAAGUUGCAUUUUAUUUGUACAAAUGUAAAAUAAAAUAAUAUUUUUUUUAUAUCAAUGUGUAAAAAAACAACAAACAUGAACACUUUAGAAAACAAUUUUCUGUUUUUUUAAUUUAUACUUUAAAGCAUACUGUUAUAUACAUAAUUAUUUUAAUUUAUAUGUUUCUCUCUUGUUUUUAUGUGUGUAUGAUUAUUUAUGUAUAUAUAAUAAAUGUCAUUGGUUUGGUUAUAGAA